GGCUUCCAUAAGGCACGAGAAAGCGGCGGCCGAAACUAGCGCUAGUCUGUAAACAGAAGGCGGUCUGCGGGCUGGUCAGUUAACCGUGUCCUUUCGAUCAAAUAGGAAGGAGCGCCACACCAUUGGUAUACCGCGACAAAUAAUCCUCAACGACGCCUCUAUUCCUGCACUCUCCACGCCUUCGCCCGACACAGUCGUCGUCUGAUUAGGGAUGCAUAGUCGCCCUGAGUGCUACUUUCCGUUCUAUCUAUAAAAUUCACUCCUUCCUGGCGCUGCGCUGAUAGCAGCAGCCAUUCCGCAAGAUGUCUUCCACGGAUUACAACUACGAUGAACAGGGUCAAUUCUUUCCUUACUUUAUCCUGACUUUGACCGGCCUGGUUACUCUCCCUCUAACAUACAGUCUCCUCAAACCGCCAAAGAAUCUCGAGAAUACUGCUCCCAGAAUAAAAUCGGACUUCAAACCACAACAUGAAGACCUCAUUCAAGGCCAGAAGCGGAAACGGUUACGCAAAGAACGACGGGUCAAGCGCGCUAUCGCCGUGGUUGUCGGCUGGGCAAUCAUGGCGUGGAUGGUCUACCUGAUGAUCGUCACUGCCAAAACGGUACCCAAAAUUUACGACCCAUACGACAUUCUUGGAGUAUCACGAAGUGCCGAUGAAAAAGCUAUUUCACGCCACUACAAGCGCCUGUCACUCAUAUACCACCCUGACAAGAUCAAGCCCGACCCUGCCAAAAACGAGACAAUUGAAGACCUCAAUGAACGCUUUGUCGAGCUCACCAAGGCGUACAAAGCUCUCACUGAUGAGGAAAUCCGCAAUAACUACUUACAAUACGGACACCCGGAUGGCAAACAGAGCUAUAGCAUUGGUAUCGCGCUACCGAAGUUGAUUAUUAUGGAGGGAAGUGGGAAAUACGUCCUCUUGGUUUACGGAGCGUUGCUUGGUAUUCUUCUGCCCUACAUUGUCGGAAAAUGGUGGUAUGGCUCUCAACGCUUCACCCGCGAGAAGGUCCUUAUUGCUAGCGCUGGCAACAUUUUCAGAGAGUAUAAAGAAGAUAUGAUUGGUGGUCGUGUUGUCAGCGCCCUUUCCACUGGUGAGGAGUAUAAAGACCUGUUGAAAGGCCCCAGAACAGAAGCCGGGCUUGCAACGAUCGAGAAGAAAGUGUUGGCCAUUGACGAAAGGGUUCUGACGUCUGGUGACCGGAAAACUCUCCAAAAACUGGACGAUUCCACGAGGAGAAAGACAUUGGCUUUGCUCUGGGCAUAUCUUAACCGCAUCGAUCUGGAGGACACUGUUCUAAACGAAGAAAAAUUCGAAGCAGGAUCUGUUGCCCUCUCGUUGAACGAGUCUUUCACAGCUAUUACGCUUGCUUUUGGCAAUCUCUUGCCUGUCAUCGGCGCAUAUCGCAUGUCCCAGAACCUUAUCCAAGCUGUUUCACCUGGUUCUUCACCGCUUCUUCAAUUACCGCAUUUUACUGCAGAGAUCGCCAAAUCCGUGGAGGGCAGUGAUGCGAAGACGCAUUUGAGUGUUCAAAAAUACAUGAGUUUGCCGGAGGAAAAGAGGCGUAGCCUGACAGUCGGUCCUGGUUUGUUGACAGAGAAAGAAUACAAAGCUGCAACUGCGGUUGCUAAUCAAUUACCACAUCUCGAGAUUGCGAAAGCAUUCUUCAAGGUUAUCGGAGAACGUGUCAUUACGCCAAGCAGUCUGGUUCAGCUUGUGGUCAAAGGACGCAUCAUUCCACCUGGAUCAGUGAAUGUUCCUGAUGUGAAUGAGGUCGAGCUGGAAGAUAUCGAUCCCGAUGAGGGUGACCUCGACGCUCUCCUGAACCGGAAGGCAGGCAAGGUUAGAAGGGUUAAACAAGCAGAUGGUUCGAUUGUCGAAGAGAAACUUGAGACUGUUCAGCCUCCUCUUGCUUAUGCCCCAUAUCUGGCACGCGAUCAUUCUCCAAGAUGGCAUGUCUUCCUUGCCGAUCCAAAACAAGGAAAGAUAGCUGUUCCCCCCUUCACUUUCACAACAUUUGACAAGCCCAUCUAUGACGAAAACGGCAAGCCCACAUUUAACAUACAAACUUUGAAGAUGCAGUUCCAAGCGCCGCCUCAGGCGGGCGAUUUCUCAUUCGUACUCCACCUUAUUUCUGACAGCUACAUGGGCUUUGACACGAAGCAAGAAAUCACAUUGCAUAUUGAUGAUCCGGCCAAGGCGGCUGCCCUCGAGGAGGAAGAUGACAUUAGCGAACCGGAUGAAGAUUCCAUUGCCGGUCAGAUGCAGGCUCUGAAAACUGGAGUUCCACCACCCAAGCGAAAGACGAAAUCCGCAGACGACGAUUCCGAUGAGGAAAGUGAUACAGAUGGUGAUGCGGAUGAUACAAGCGAGACAGACACAGAGACUGAUACUGACGGGGAAUAGAAAGACCAGUAUCAUUCAUCGUUUGCAUUGCAUUUCUUUUGAUCUCUUUUUUUCAUUUUUCAAUCGGGGGUUCAUGAAGGGAUAGCGAGUUUCCGAGGAAAAUUAAAUUCAUUGAUCGUCAUCUUAUCUUAACAUGUAUUAUUUCAACCUUGUAUGAAUUGCACAAUGAAUAAAUAGCGUUCGUUAUUUCCUUGUCGAACUAGACGCCAUUGCUGGCUGGUUAGGAAAUGUAUAAUUCGACC